AUGAGUAAAGGUGAAUUAAAGGGUAGUUUCAAUAUCGAACUCUCUGCUGUAUUGACAAAUUUGCGAAGAAACUUCUCCCAGAUAACAUGGUUUGUUGAGAGAUGGUUGUUUGAGAGAAUCCCAUGCGAACCUGCCCUUUUCAUCAAAGCAUAA